AAAUAUAAUUCAUAGUGUAGAGUUUGUCACAAGGAGUUGUUGUCUCUUGUGAAACUCAUACGACAUUAUUUCUGAAAUGGCUAGAUUGAAUGUGCAUUUUAUCGUAGGAUGCACGUUAGUUUUCUUUGUUGUAUUAGCGAAAAAGCCAUCAGAAAAACCAUCAUGGGCCAAGAAAGAUAUUCGGGAUUUUACUGAUGCUGAUAUGGAACGACUUCUGGACCAGUGGGAGGAAGAUGAAGAGCCAUUGGAAGCAGACGAGUUACCUGAACAUCUUAGACCUCAACCCAACUUGGACUUAUCUAAGGUGAUGGAUGCCGGUAACCCAGAAAAUAUCUUGAAGAUGACAAAGAAGGGCAAGACAUUGAUGACGUUUGUAUCAGUGUUGGGGAAUCCAACGAGGGAAGAAAGUGAAGAAAUCACCAAACUAUGGCAGGGAAGUCUCUGGAACAGUCAUAUUCAGGCUGAACGAUACAUGAUUGAUGACGACAGAGCUAUUUUCAUGUUCAAAGACGGAUCUUUGGCUUGGGACGCCAAGGAUUUCCUUGUCGAACAAGAUAGGUGCAAAGAAGUCAUGAUUGAAAACAAGUCAUACUAUGGAAAAAACUACAAACCCCCGGGUGAAUCAACUGAUGCACCUCCAACUAAGAAGAGUAAAUCAAACCAGAAAAGCAAGGAGGAACUAUAACUGUUUUCUCCAUGGGGAAGUUGUACUGGCUGUACAUAGCAACGUUCCUGGACCUACUGGCCACCAGUCUACUCGUACCCUUCCUGCCGUUGCAUCUUGCCUCCUACGGCCUGCCCAGGCUAGUGGUCGGGGUGAUUACGUCUGUAUACCCUUCAGUGCAGUUGUUUUCUAGCCCCGCUAUAGGCUUUUAUUCACAGAAAUACGGACAGAAAUGUACUCUUAUCACGUCACUUCUCCUGUGCUCACUGGCAUAUUACUCUAUAGCGACCACUUCGUCUGUUUUAGUAAUUUUCAUCUGCAGAGUAAUUCUUGGUCUCGCUAAACACACACAGACAAUUUGUAAAGCGGCUUUUUUACUGCACAAUGAUAUUUUAAAUAAAAACGUAGGGUUUGGGGGAUUGAGUGCAGCUGAAGCCUUGGGAUUCAUGUUAGGUCCAGUGAUCGGGGGUCACUUUAUAGGGAGGGAAGAUGGUUUUCGAUACUUGUGUAAAAUGACUGCGACUUUAUUUGUUUUUAAUUCCCUUAUAGUGUAUUUAGUUCUUCCAAAGGAAAAUCGGGUGGUACAUGAUAGCUCAAAGACAAGUGAAAAUGUAGUAAAAGUGUAUCAAGUGAAAGAUUGUGAAAAUUUUCUUACUUUUUGGGAUACAUUAUUGCUAAAACUAAUCCUGUGUUUUUCACUGUCAUUGUUCUACACAAAUUAUCAUGUUAUGGUUGUCGAAUAUCUAAUGAUGCCUCAUAGUAUGGUGGGGUAUACCAAUUCAUUCCAAGGGCUUAUUUGUAUUAUUACUGGUUUAUUUGCUAGUAAAAUAUCAGAUCUGUAUUUGUGUAGGGAAUAUUAUUUUAAGUUAAGUAUCUGUUUUUUACUACUAUCCAGCUCAUUUUUUCUCAUCGAUUUUGUUUCAGAAUGUGUGACCUUUGUUAUUAGUUUGAUUCCUCUAAGCUGUAGCUCGAGUUUAUUGAGAAUUUAUCUUACUGAAGCUUUACUAAGCCAUCCCAAUUUAAAUAAUAGAGCUUCUAUUAUAGGUUUAGAAAAUUCAAUUGCUACAAUUGCAAGUUUAGCUAGUCCUUUUGUUUUUGAAUUUUUCUCUUACUUGAGUGCAACAUUAUCAAUAACUUACUUAGCGUUCUUGAUCUCUGGCUUUGGGUCAAUGUUAUCCUUAAUUCUUUUUCUGACGAAAGGAAAAGAAAUAUAUCCAACCAAAGUUGUCACCGGAAUUAAAACUGAUUAACACCCUAAUCGUUUUUAAAUUAAAUAUACUCACCAUAUAAUGUAGAACUUUUUACUUUGAUCAUGAACUAUUGACUAUAAAAUAAUCUACUCAAGCCAUUCCUUUUUAUUAUCGUACACUCUUGCAUGUUUUCUUAUAAAAGUUUGUUGCAUUCCCAGAUUUUGUUUCUUUAAUACAAAAUAUAUGUGAUCUGAAAACUGAAUGUAUUUACACUGUGAGUUUAAAAAUCUAACUCUUUUCGAGAAAAUUUUCUCCACUACUUUGUUUUUCUAUGUUACUUAAAUUUUUGCCCUAUGGUAUGACUGUUGAGAUCAAUGAAAGGCAGAUGCUCAUGGUCAAUUC